AAAUUAGUUAGUUAAUCCUCGAGAGAGUUUGCAAGAUGUGGGGGGAGCUGGGGAACGCGGCAACGGUGGCGCAGCUGGUCGGGGCGGACCUCGGGGGGCUCAUCUCCAAGAUCAUCCAGGCGGCCGCGACGGCUCGCCGGAACAAGGCGGAGUGCGAGCAGCUCGCCGUCCGCGCGUCCAUGAUCUACGACCUGCUGCCGCACCUGCAACACCCGGAGGUGGUGCGGCGGCCGGAGGUCCUGCGGCCGCUGGCCUUGCUCGAGGACACGCUCCGGGAGGCUCACCAGCUCGUGACUUGCUGCCAGCACAAGGGCCCAACCUACCGGUUCGUGAUGGCGGGGCGGCUGGCUGACAAGAUCAGGAGCGUGCAGGCUAGGAUCGACUCCUACCUCCUCUUCCUCCCGCUCAUCAGCCACAUCGACAUCAUCCACUGCCUCGACCAGAUCCACAGAAUGCUCAUUUCAACCGGCGACGGCGAUUGCAGGACCAUGGCAUCUCCCUCUGCAGACUCCCAGUCCCUGCUUCAACGACGGCUGGUACUCCAUGGGGACGGCGAAUGCGAGAAAUUCACCAUGCCACAGCUCGCGAUGGCGACCAACAACUUCGCCGUGGACAGGCAGAUCGGUGAAGGCCGCAGCUUUGGCAUGAUGAUGUACAAGGGAAGGCUUCCCGACCGGCGCGAGGUGGCCAUCAGACGCGCAUCUCCGCGCAGGAAGGGGGAUUUCCUGAGGGAGCUCGCAAUCCUCUCCCCGCUCCGCCACGACCACAUCGUCCGCCUCCUUGGCUGCUGCGUUGCGGCGGCGACGACGACGUCGUCGGCUGAGGACGAGGACUGCCUCCUUGUCUACGAGUACAUCGACAACGGCACGCUCUACGAUCACCUCCACGGAUCAGAUGGAGCAUCAUCACUGGUGACCACAUCGUGGAAGACGCGCAUCGAGAUACUAGUAGGCGUGUCGCGGGCCAUCGAGCACCUUCACUCCCACGCCGUGCCGCCGGUGAUCCACCGGGACGUCAAGCUGUCCAACAUCCUGCUCGACUCCAGCUACGCCCCUCGCUUGUCGGACUUCGGCUUGGCGGUAAGCUGCGACGAGGUAGAGUGUACGGCCGAGAUGCCUAUCUUAGGCACGUUCGAGUACAUGGACCCCGAGUACCUGAGCACGGGGAACCUGACGCCGGCGAGCGACGUGUACAGCUUCGGCGUCGUGAUGCUAGAGCUUCUGACGGGGAAGAAGGCAAUUCACGACGAGAAGCACGGCGCCGUUGUUGCCACAAGCUUGGUUGCAUCCGUGCUGCCAAACAUGGAGGCUGGGGAUUUGAUGAAGGAGCUCGAUAGGGGCCCAGGGCUGAAGCCAACGCCAAGGCAGCUAAAGGCGACAGAGGUGGUGGCGCGGACGGCAGUACGCUGCGUGCAUUCACAGGGGAAGGAGCGUCCGCCCAUGACGGAGGUCGUAGCCAACCUCCAGGAGGCGCUCGACCUCCUUAGUCUCGAUGAGUAGAGGGUAGCUAGCUCGGUAAUUGAUCUGGUUAAAAUCUAGUUAUACAGAACUACAAAUCUGGACAUCCAUAUAUCUAGAUUCAUUGUACUAGAAUAUUUCAUAUCUGAUACUAGAUUCGUUUUUUUAUAGGACGGAGGGAGUAUACACUUCUAUUGUCUCUAAAAUGUAGUAGCUUUGUGGUGUGAUGACAUAGUAGUGUCUGGAAGCAAUAUUUUGGAGCAGAAGCCCAAAAUACUCCCUCUAUCCCAAAAUGUUUGACGCCGUUGACUUUUUAAAAAAUGUUUGACCGUUCGUCUUA